AUGGGUGCCAUGGAACGCAUGCCGUUGAUGAAAUCAACGGUGUACGAGGCCCUCCGCAUCGAACCACCGGUUCCAUCCCAAUACGCCAAAGCCAAACAGGAUUUCAUAAUCGAAUCUCACGAUGCAGCUUUUAGAAUCAAGGAAGGCGAAAUCCUAUACGGGUUCCAACCAUUUGCUACAAAGGAUCCGAGAAUCUUCGACAGGUCCGAGGAGUUUUUGGCUGACAGGUUCGUUGGUGAAAAUGGGGAGAAAUUGCUGAAGAAUGUUGUAUGGUCUAACGGGCCGGAAACGGAGAGGUCGACCAUUAACAAUAAACAGUGCGCCGGAAAAGAUUUUGUAGUGUUGGUUUCUCGGCUGUUACUGGUGGAGCUGUUUCUCCGCUACGACUCGUUUGAUAUUGAAGUGGCGGCGUCGCCGUUAGGUGCCUCCGUUACUUUGACGUCUCUUAAAAGAGCUUCCUUCUAA